AUGCUCGAGCACCCAGACUUCUUUUGGGAGGUCGAGCGGCGGGUGGACGUGCUGAAUAAGCGGCUCGACCUCAUCAAGGAGCUCUUCGACAUGCUCGCCAACGAGCUGCACACGUCCCACUCCAACAUGCUGGAGUGGUUCGUCAUCGUCCUCAUCGUCGCCGAGAUCUUCUUCCAGGUACUCGAGCUCGUUCAGCUCGAGCGGAAUUGA